GCGAAGGCAAGAAAGUCCUCUCCAAAUAAAUUCAUUGCCUUAUCUAGCUUCUCUUCCUUUGAAGAAUAAACGUUGAAGGAUGAAGAAUCGAUCCCCCAAGAAUCACAAUAAUGAGUUUGAAGAGGUGAGCAGCAGAAAAUGGGAGGUUGUUAACUUGUCCGAACAAGAAGAAGAUCUGGUUUACAGGAUGCACAAGCUCAUCGGUAACAGGUGGGAUUUGAUCGCCGGCAGGAUUCCUGGCCGGAAACCAGAAGAAAUAGAGAGGUUUUGGUUGAUGAGACACAGUGAAGUAUUUAGCGACUUGAGGACUCAAACCAAAUCUUAAUAUUGUAGGUACUUGUUGUUGGAAGAUAAACAUCCACAUCAAGUUUAAUUAAUCAUGUGCGACUUAUACUUAUCUUGUAUUAUUAUAUGUAUGUAUUUAAACGACUUAUUCUAGGUUUGGUGUGUCCUAUAUUUUAGGCGGUUUGUGUUAAACACUUAUUCUAGGUUUGGUGCGACUUAUACUUAUAUUGCCUUGCCACCAAGCAAUCUGGAUGGUUACAGAUAUAACCGGCAUAAAAGCCUUCUAUUUA